UUGAUAAGAGCAUAUGACCUAGUUUACAUCAUGCAUUUGAUGUGGAUGUUAACUAAUAAUUAAAUUAUCUUAAUUUCGGCGAUACAAAAUUCAUCAACCGCACUCAUUACUCGAUUACUCCAAAGAAGAACAAGAUUGUUAAUCAUAAUGACUAUUUUAAAGACUCUAAUCGCUGGAGGACAAAUAUGCCUCAAAAGAUUUUAUGCUACAAGUCCAAAAUUUAUUGAAAUUACACAAGACAAUAAUACAGGUAUCGAAAUUAUAUCUAUGGCAAGAAAACCUGUUAACAGCUUGAAUACAGAGUUAUUAAGUGAACUAAAGACAUUUUUAUUGGAGGCCCAAAACAGUCGCAUUAAAGGCGUUAUAUUAACGUCAUCCUUGCCAACUAUAUUCUCGGCAGGAUUAGACAUUAUGGAAUUGUUUAAUGAUAAAGAGAAACUUACUGAUUUCUGGCAAACAUUACAAGACACUUGGCUGACUCUUUACAGUUUGACUAUACCGAUUGCUGCUGCUAUCAAUGGCUCUAGUCCUGCCGGAGGCUGUCUGUUGGCAAUGUCUACGGAAUAUAGAGUCUUGGUUGAAGGCAAGCAUACUAUAGGCUUAAACGAAACACAAUUGGGUAUAAUUGCUCCAAAAUGGUUCAGGGAUGUAUAUAUCUCGUUAAUUGGCCAUCGACAAGCUGAGCUGGCGCUUUUAAGAGGAGUGAUGUUUAAGCCUGAGAAGGCAUUGCAGCUUGGACUCGUGGAUGAGCUCGCUAAAGAUAAAAUGGAUGCGAUCGAAAAGUGCAAAAAAUACAUAUUAUCUUAUGAUAAUGUACCAGGUUUAGCAAGAACCACCACCAAGGUACAUUUGCGAAACGAUUUGAUCGAGUGGUUGAAAAACAAUAAGAAAGCUGAUACUGAUAACUUCAUAAACUAUGUACAAUCACCGAAAGUACAAAAUGGCCUUAAACUUUAUAUUGAAUAUUUGAAGAAGAAGCAACAAUAGGUAUCUUGAUAUGAGACAAUAUUUGUUACAUUCUUACUAAUCAAAGUAAAUAAUUUUGUAAACUUUUAUAUUAUAUCUUAGAAUAUAUAUUUUUAUAUCAUGUGCAUUAACAAAUGUGAAAGUGUCAUGCUCACAUUUAUUACUCACAUUUUAUUACGUAUAGUCAGAAGAAGUAAAAUACAUCAUGUUAAUUAUUAAUUCUCCAAUAUAUAUAAUACAAUAUUGGGUUGAGGAAGAAAUUUUACCUUACUUAGUCCUUUUACAUAAUUAUAAUAUAAUUGAAACAUAUUUUUUAAAUUGUUUACAAAAUAUAUGCCAAAA